CAGGGAGGCAGAGCGACGACCUCAGGCGAACAGGAAGUCUGAGCGGCGUCCACCGCCGAACAGGAAGUCUGAGCGGCGUCCACCGCCGAGCAGGGAGGCUGAGCGGCGUCCACCGCCGAGCAGGGAGGCUGAGCGACGUCCACCGCCGAGCAGGGAGGCAGAGCAACGACCUCAGCCGGGCAGACAGGCUGAGCGAAGUCCUCGGCGGAGCAUGAAGGCAGAGCGACGACCACUGCUGGGCAGACAGGCUGAGCAACGUCCUCGGCGGAGCAUGAAAGCGGCGCGACAUCCUUGGCGGAGCAUGAAGGCAGAGCGACGACCACAGCAGGGCAGACAGGCUGAGCGAAGUCCUCGGCGGAGCAUGAAAGCGGAGCGACGUCCACGGCUGACCAGGGAGGCUGAGCGACGACCUCGGCUGACCAGGGAGGCUGAGCGACGACCUCGGCUGACCAGGGAGGCUGAGCGACGACCUCGGCUGACCAGGGAGGCUGAGCGACUUUGAGGUAGCUGAACAGUGGGGAAUCCUUGAGUCCGGUAGGAGAUGACGCGACGUUUCUUACGGAACGUGGAGGCAGAGCAACGUUCUCCACUGAACAUGAAGGCUGAGCGAGAGCCAUAAUAGGGGAGAGAGGGUGGGAGUUGGUCUCCGCCCUGACCACAGACUCCCCCUCCUGUUGGCGUGGCAUGGCGUAGUCCUUUGUGAACAUUGCCGGUGGUGACCUGUCCCGCCACGGCAGCCCGAGCAUGCGGUCAUUCUGAGUGAGUAGUUCAUCUGUCCUUCUUCCCUGCCCCAAUAGUGCUCUAUACCACUCCUCAUAUGCUGCAAACCAGGCGUCCAUCUUGGUGAUCUGUUGCUUCUGAUAAAUGGUCUUUCGUUCUGUCACGUAUCGAGGUUGAGCCAGAAGCAAGUGCAGAUAAUGACAUGUAUUGAAACAAACGUACUAUGAAACAAAGACACGAAGACAACUUGGUAUAACGCUGUGGCAUGAAACAAAACACCAAGACAUGAACAACAAGAGUCUAGAACAACGAAAGACAAGCAAACAGUGCAGACCAGGACUAUAUAUACACACGAGUACUCAUUAACAAAAUGUGAGUCAGGUGCAGGUGGUCAUGUGACAGCUAGUGCAGUGCAGUGGCUGAUGGGAAGUGGAGUCCAGAGCUUCUUGAUACAUGACACUUGGAUGAUUUAAUGCCGAUUUACAGAGUUAUACACAUGUAGAUCUGUUCUGGACUGAUAAAAACAAGCUCUGCCUGCCAGACCAUUUGCUUCCACAAGACAUGUCUGUGUUACUCUCUUGUUUACUUUGUCUCAACCUAAGUAAAUUAGUUCACUAAAAGUGUUUAAUUACAUGGCUACAAUACUAUUCAUGUUGGGGAUUAAGCAGUAAGUGGUCGGUUUAGCUUGUUGAGAAUUUGCUAAUCUUGUUUAGCCAGUACAUGAUCUGGGAUUUUCACAGACAGCAAUCUCUAGAAUUUACACAGAGUGGUGCAAAAAACAAAAAACAUCAAGUCAGUGGCAGUUCUGAUGAGAGAGGCAAGAGGAGAAUGACCAGACUGGUUUGAACUCACAGGAAGGCUACAGUACCUGGGCUACAACAACAGAAGACCACAUUUGGUUCCAUAUAUAUGUAUAUGGACCUUAAUAUAUACGGUUAAUUUGUGCUGGAACAGGAUCCAGUACCUCUCAGACUUGGAAGUGCCUGUUUUCUGGAAAUCAUUUAUCAGAAUCUCUGUAGCUUUUUUUUUUUCUUUUAAUAAAAAUAAAAAAAGAAAUAGUCAUCAUAGUAAAAUCAUUUCAAUGUAUGAUCAUUCUUCAUGUGACACCUCCCUUCCAAAAAUAUACAGUUAGCUCAUUUCCAUUAUGACUAAUUUGUAACUAGUAAUCAUAGCAUACUCAUUUUGUUAGUUACAUCUAUUCACAUGUCAUGGAUAUGGUGAAAAAGGCAGCUGACUUUGUUGUUAUUUCUUAAAGAACUAAGCUAAAGUGAUGGGACAGAACAAGAUACUUAAAAAAGGGAAGGGGUGUAUUGUUUUGUUUUUUAUUUCUGAAACCGUUUUUGAAAAAAAAUGUUUUACAAAUUAAGUAUUAACUGCUACUUUAUUAUGAACACCUGUACACCUGAUCAUUCAUGCAAUUAUCCAAUCAGCCAAUCAUAUGGCAGCAGAUUUAUGCAUAAAAUUAUGCAGAUACAGGUCAAGAGCUUCAGUUAAUGUUUACAUCCAACGUCACGAUGUGAUCUCAACGAUUGUGGCAUGGUUUAUGGUGGGAGAUGGGCUGGUUUGAAUAUUUCAGAAACUGCCUAUCUCUGGAAUUUUCAUGCAUAACAGUCUGUAGAGUUUCCACAGAAUGGUGCAAAAAAAAAACAUCCAGUGAGUGGCUGUUCUGUGGGGAGACACCUUGGUCAGAGGAAAAUGUUCAGACUUGGUCAAGCUGACAGGAAGGCUACGCUGCUGUGCUGUGCAGAGACCGAAAAGCCCACCAUGAUCCUGCUAACUCCAUCUUCUGGCUUUUUCCAGCGCACCAGCAAACUGUUCCUAAGUGGAAGGGCCAGUUGGGUCCAGCUCAAAGAGUUUGCCCGCAAAAAUGCUGCCAAUGCCUUGUCUGUUGCCAACCUGGUCAUGGGGAUGGGCUCCAUUCUCUGCAGUCUCAAUGGGCACCAUUAUGCUGCGUGUUGGCUGGUGCUGAUUGGUUACCUGCUGGAUUUGGCAGAUGGUGCGGUUGCCAGGCAACUGAAUGCUUGCUCAGCAUUGGGAGCCAAACUGGAUGAUUUUGCCGAUUUCACAACGUUUGGAAUAGCAACGUCACUGCUCUUAAGGACUCCCAACAUCCUGGAUAACGUCCUCUGCAUGUGCUACAUGCUGUCUGUGUUUAUUCGGCUUUGUUUCUUCUCCAGUGGCAUUCCUUUUAUGUAUCGUGGCCUGCCGUGCAUCUACUCGUCCGCCAUUCUCGCCUGCCUGUCUCUCCUCACUGGAGGGAACAUGGCUGUGCUCCGGCUCACUGCCGUGGCCAUGAUCCUCUUCAUGGUCAGCCAGACUCUUUACCCCCAUGACCGGGUGCUGGAGUCACAGGCCUGGAAAAAGGUGGUCUAUGCUGGAGGUAUUAUUGUGGUCUUCUGCUCUUCAUUCCCUCCUGUGUGUCUGUACUAUCUGCUAUGGUCAGUUUCCUACAUUUUGUUCCCAAUGUCCCUGUGGAGCUGCAAAGUGUAAUGGGCUACGAUGUGUUGUCCAAACUACGACACUCCAGGCUUGAAGAAAGCCCGUAUGGCCCAACAGAAGCAUCUUUGCAGCCUUGGAGUAUCAAACCCUGCUCAAUCCCCAGAACCUCUGGACAUUGUAUGCUGCUUUUUUUUUUUUUUUUUUUUUUUCCUUUUCUUUCAUUAUUAUUGUUGAGGUGAUAAACUUUGGGGUGCAGUGAUGAAAUCUGCCUGAUCUAGAGGACUGAUGGACUGACAGUGAAAUUAUUUUCACUAAAAUCAGUUUGUAAAAAGGCUGACUGCUGACUGCGAAACACGUUUCUAUUUGGGUGAACUGUGAACUGUGUGUUGCGUUCACAGAGGUCUCUGAUGUGUGUCACUCUUGAAAUGUACAAUGGAUUCCACCACAACUGCAGUGGGGUGAUAUUAUUUUGGUGAAUUUUAUUCAUGGGGAAAUUAUGAGAACAAUGUCUUGUAUAUAUGUACCAUAAUUGGUAUUUUCAUACUAGUAACGCAGAUAUUUUAUUAAAAGGGAAAUAAAAAAAAAACAGAAGCUAAAGCAUGAGUGUGAGAAAACCUUAGGAAAACUAAAACUCAAAUGGAUAAAGUGUCUUCUUAUUAGUCCACUGACAUUUUUAAAAUACAAUCAGUUGAAAAAUGGUGUAUUUUAUUAUUCAGAGGGAUCAAAAUGUCAUUUGAUUCAGAUUAUUUUUUAACUGCCAGUGUCUCUUGAUCUGCUUUGUGACAUGUAGGCAGUGAUGCAUAAUAAAAGCCAGUACAGUUUGA